AGCUCCCAGAGGGGACCAACAGGCACAAAUGACUUGCAGUUCCACAUCUUCCUAGACCGUGUCAUUCCCAGCACACAAUGCUGAACAUGUAAAGUGACUCUAAUGUUCUCCAAGGUCACUGUAGGAUAAGGGUCACUUUGGGAAGGGCUCUAGGCCUGCCUGGUACAGGCUCACUCCAAGCAGCUUUGGAGCUGAUGAGAGCAGGACUGCUCCAUCCUUGCAGUGACACCAUGGAUCCAUGCUACAACCACACAAGCUCUCAGAAAAGGAUGGACCUUCCCCUGCAGCUGGUAGUCGGGUCCUGCCUCACCAUCCUCAUCGUGAUCACUCUCUGUGGUAACAUCAUCGUCUGCCUGGCCGUCACCCUCGACCGCCGGCUCCGCAGCUUGACAAACUGCUUCAUUGUCUCCUUGGCCAUCACAGACCUGCUGCUGGGCCUUCUGGUGCUGCCAUUCUCUGCUUUCUAUGAACUCUCCAGGGAGUGGCCCUUUGGCAGCAUUUUGUGCAACAUCUACACCAGCCUGGACGUCAUGCUGUGCACGGCCUCCAUCCUCAACCUCUUCAUGAUCAGCCUGGACCGCUACUUUGCUGUCACCACCCCGCUCCGCUACUGCCAGGUGGUCACCCCCUCCCGGGUGGCCGUGGCUUUGGUUGUUAUUUGGACCGUUUCACUGAUGGUAUCCUUCCUACCCAUCCACCUGGGCUGGAACACCAAAAACUGGACAGCAGAGCAAGACACAGACCCCACCUGCAGCACGGAGUGCAUGCUGGCAGUGAACCCUGUGUAUGGGCUAGUGGACUCCUUGCUCACCUUCUACAUCCCUUUGGUCAUCAUGUGCAUCACCUACUACCGGAUACUCAAGAUAGCAAGGGAGCAAGCCAAGAGGAUAAACCACACGUGGGGCAACACACCCAUGCCACCCAUGGUGAAAGAGCACAAAGCCACCGUGACGCUGGCAGUGGUGCUGGGAGCCUUCAUCGUGUGCUGGUUCCCCUAUUUCACCGUGUUCACCUACCGGGGGGUGUGGGGGGACAGCAGGGUCAAAGGCACCCCCAUGUCCAUUGUGCUCUGGCUGGGCUAUGCCAACUCAGCUCUGAACCCCAUCCUCUAUGGGACACUCAACAGGGAUUUCCGACUGGCAUACCAGCACUUGCUGCACUGCUGGAGGACAGGACACCCCAGGAACUCCCACCUGCCUCCCCUCCAGAAGGCCCAGCCCAGGGGCAGGCAGGGCCAGGGCAGGCAGGAGGGUAAACCUUUGAAACUGGAGGUGAGGAACGAGAAGGGGACCCUGCUCACUGAUGGAGCUCUCAAGAGCACGGGAGCUUUUCUGUGAGUCUCAGCCAGCCUGCUGCCCUAGGACCCACAUCUCCCAGCCUUCAACUCCUGGCUGCCCUCUUCCAAAAUCCUGUGUGUGAGGUUGAAAGGACAACACUCAGCUUUCCUCAGCCUGAAACUCAACAGCAGAGGCGAGAGCUGCAGGGAUCCCUGCUCUGGCACGUGGCAUUCACUCCAUCCCCAAACACUGCUGGAGAGGCCUCUGCCCGCCCAGUGUCUUCCCAGGAGGGUGGUGUGCUGGAAGAGCCCUUGGAGGAGCUGCAGAAGAACAUCUCCCCUGUCCUGUCUGGGCAGUGACACUUUCAGCAUCAAGCCUCACACCAACAGGAAGAGAUGCCUGAGGGGCUGGGUCAGG